AGAUGCAAAUGUCCCUAUAAAUAUUAAUAGUAUAAGAACAGGGGCCUCUAAAAAAUUACUAGAUAAUAGUAAUUUUGAAGACUACGUGGCAUCAAGUAUGGGAUUUGUGAAAAUUGUUUUGCAGUAGUAAAUAUUUUGGAGCCUGAGCUAAACUCAUACUUUAGCACUUACAGUUUUGCAAUUACUACAUGGAAAUAUAUUCUUCCAUGAGAUCUAGUUCUAAAAAGUACAUUCAAUGUGAGUGAACACACAGAAUAUCCUGGAAAUAUAGAUGUAAUUCAUGAGAUCACUAGUAACAUUUAUCACAGUUCAUUAGCUAUCUAGGCCUGAACAGUGUUGGCUCAAUAAGCCAAGCAGUCAGGAUAUGCAACAACGUGGGGAGGAAAAAUAUCCCUCAUGUAGAUGUUGAGCAGAUUUGCAGUGUCUCGAGCACAGUGACUGUAACUUACCUCUGCACUCCAAUUUGAUUCCUUUGCACCAGACCCCAUGUCCCAAACUGAAGUUGAAUGGGACAAGUCAUUUAUCUCUCCCUGUAAUUCUUGGGGAGAGACACAAGGCUUCCUGGGCGAAGUAAAAUGAGACAAUUCCUCUGGUUGCAUUUGUUGCUUAAACUGGUCACAGGCUGAUGCUUUGGGGUUUUCAGUAAGGCUGUCCGGAAUUUCAGUCUUCUGGAAAUAUUUCAGGGUUUGCUGAAAAAAAAACCUGUCCCACUUCUAAAGAAAAACUGAAGAAACUAAAGACAUUUCUCAGCUAAUCUGGGGAAAAGAAAAAAAGGCAACUGUUGGAAUAACACACAUAAUUUAGAUCUGGCUAAGAGUCUUUUGGUUUAGCAAAAACAAAAUCCUCUGAUGAGGGUGGAAUUAUCUAGAGCAAAUAAUUCUAGUGGACAAUUCCCCACUCCUAUCCCUCUUAGAUCCUGUAUCUUUCUUCCCGUAAUUGAAAUAUAAGCCAAAAAUUAUUGCACAACCAAAGAGAGUGAAAAAAGAAACUCUUGAGCCAUGGCAUUGAGUAAAUGUCACCUGAGUCAACAAAGAGUCCAACAGAUGGAGGUUUUAACAUUGUUUUUUCGAAUUCAUCAUUAAUUUAUUUUUAAAAAUAAAGACCGUAAGUCUUCCUAGAACAGAUUGUUUUUCUGCCUGUCAUGAUUCAUUAAACCGGUACAGAAUGAGAUCAUUAUUAUUUAAGUUAGCAUUUUUGAGACUGCCAAAUAUCCUCCAAGUACUUCCUGCAGCUGGGACUGCAAGCAUUGUCCUUGGAGCUGGCAGCCUGCUUGCACCAUAUCCUGGUCCAAGGGCUCCUUGUGCCUCUGGCUAGCAGCACUGCCAUGCCCAUGCACCCCUGCUUUAGUGGGUCACUUUACCUGCUCUUCAGGCAGCAGCAAAAUUGGAAGCUGACUUCAAGCUGCAAGGCUUGAGAGUCUGUGGAAGUAAGCACCAGCAGAAAUGCACAGCCAUCUCCUUGAGGAGCUAGGGCUGGAAAAUUCUUCUCCAAAAUUCUAAUCCAGGCUGAGCUGCCUGAUUACUGGAACAGGGCAGUUACUGGUGCCUUUGGGUAAAUCAGGACUUCCCUCACCCUCUUGCAAAUUCCCACAUUGUCGAGCCAAAGGAUGCAGCAAGCAGAGCAGCAGCCACUGGAGACAGGUUACCAAAAACAGACAUUUGCCUUUUUAAUUUAUUUUUGGUGUAAUUUCUUGACUUCAUUAUUGAAAAAACAAUGACAUAAGGGGCAUGAUGUAGCAACAGAGAAGACAGAAGUGGGUAAAAGCAAAAAAGACAAUGACAUAUUCAUGUAGGGAAAAAAAAAAAAAAAGAGCUGGCAGUAAAGGGGAAUUCACAAAUUACCUGAUAGAAAGGCACAUAGCUAUUCCCUAACCCCACAACCACUCUGAGAGUUCUCUGACACAUGAAGGAUACCAAAAGGAGAAAAAAACCACCCAAAAAGUCAAGCAAAAAACAAACCACCACCCCAAAUUACAGCAAUUACUUCAUCAGAGCAUUUUCACUUCCUACUCUGUGAGAGAGAAAUUCCCCAGGUCAUCUGACCUCUGUUGAAACUACACCAGGAAGAGGAGCAGCGGCAGUCGACAAGUGCAGGGCGUUCUCCGGCUGUACAAAAGCCUCCCAUGUGUGGGCCAGAGCUCAGAGCAGCGCAGGGAUGUGCAGGUGUGCAUUCACAUAGCAAGGUGAGCUGCGAAUAUCUUGCCAGCUAGAUAAUUUCUUGCACAGCUCUCUGGUCCUGUGCAGCCUGGCAGACCUUUUGCUUUUCCUUUCGCUGCUUGUUUCCAAACAUGCCUCCAGAGCAGAGCAUCUGAGGAGCUGUUUCCCCACCUACUGUUUCCUCACGUGCUUCUGAAAGCAGCUCUCUCCAAGAAGAGGUGGUGACUGGCAGCGUGGUGGGAAUAAUGGCAAUGAGGACAUGGAUUGAGCCAGUGGUUGCGGGUUCCCAAGUGGCCAGUGCCUUCUACGACACAGCACUGUUGCUGGUAGUGAAGAACUACUACAACCAGACCAACAGCACUGCUCCCUCCCACGUCCUGGAAGAUGCUCAGCAGAAGGCUGUAUCUAACUUUUAUAUCAUCUACAACCUAGUUCUGGGCCUGAGCCCGCUGGUGUCAGCCUAUGGCUUGUCCAAGCUGGGGGACAGGAUACAUAGGAAGAUCCCCAUCUGCUUCCCUCUUCUUGGUUAUUUGGGCUCCAAAACUCUCCUGCUCCUCCUGAUUCUGCUGGGCUGGCCAGUGGAGGUGAUGUAUGGGGCUGCUGCCUUCAAUGGGCUGACAGGAGGCUUCACCACACUUUGGGCAGGCAUCAUGGCUCUGGGAUCCCUGGGGUCCUCUGAAAGCAAGAGGUCUCUGCGGCUCAUCAUUAUUGAACUGGUGUACGGCCUGGCUGGCUUUCUGGGAAGCAUGGCAUCUGGCUACCUCUUUGUUGGCUUCAAUGACCGCUAUCGAGAAGGCACCGUGCUGGUGUGCUGCAGCAUUGCUUGCUAUGCCUUCUGUCUCCUCUACAGCAUUUUUGUCCUCACAGUCCCCAAGCCAGCAGCUUCCUGCCCAGCCAAAGACAAGAGUGCAGGGCAGGUGGGUGGUCAGCUACCAGAAGCAGCAAUAGCAGGCAGUUCCCAACCUUCAGAGGGCAGCAUCUCCACUCCAGUAUCACCCUCGAAACUCAUCAUCAUCCUGCUGUUUGUGGCAGCAAUCCUCUAUGACCUGGCUGUGGUUGGCGCAAUGAAUGUACUCCCACUGUUCUUGCUCAGGGAACCAUUAAGUUGGAAUGCCGUGGAGAUCGGCCACGGCAAUGCUGCUGGGUAUGUGAUCUUCAUUACCAGUUUCCUAGGGGUACUCGUGUUCUCCAGAUACCUGAGGGAUAUUACCAUGAUCAUGAUUGGAGUAGCAUCGUUCAGCGCUGGCAUUCUCAUCAUGGCCUUCGUGCGGUGGACAUUUUUGUUCUACAUUGCACGGGCAGUGAUGCUCUUUGCCCUCAUCCCCUUGCCAACCAUCAGGUCCAUGUUGUCCAAGCAUGUUGAGGGAUCAUCCUACGGUAAGGUGUUUGUCCUGCUGCAGCUGUCUUUAGUCACCACGGGAGUAGUGACAUCUACAGUCUACAACAAGAUCUACCAAAACACACUGGACUGGUACAGCAGCUUCUGCUUCAUUUUGUCUUUUCUAGUUGGCUGCCUGAGUCUCAUCCCUUUAAGCUUUGUGGCCAUCAAACAACGGUCAACCACUGGCUCCCUUGAGAUUCUGACUGAGUAACAGAGGCAUCUUCUCAUUGUUACCAUUAGUCCCUACAGUUACCAACACAACAGGACACAUAGCAUUUGUUUUUCCAUUUCACAGCAUGCCACAACCUCUUGGCCACUAAGCUUGCCCAGGAAGAGAUGUUUGCCUUGUUAGUUCUGCAGCACGCACCCCAUCCUGCAGCAAAUGUACAUUGGUUAUUGCACACCAGCAGUCCUUAGAGCAUUCUGCUAGGCUGGUUAGCAAUACCAAAGAGAGACAAGAAUAUAAGCUAUAAAUGAAAAUGGCAUUUCUAGACACAUCAUUCAGGGUGGAAGUGUAAAGCAGAGGAUCAGUUUUCCAUUAGUUCCUUCUUGUCUGUUAAUUUAGAAAUCUCAGGGCAGUUGUGUGACUUUGGCUGAGGAAACAAGGCUGCAAGCCACAUGCCAUGUGCACAGGGCCAUCAGCAGGAUACACCAGCUCUCCACCUCCCGUAGAUGUUAUCAGCCCAGCCAAUUAACGUUACAUACAAGACCAUUAGAGAAAUACCACAGUAAAAAUAUGUAAGAUUAACAGAACUUUAGUAAUCCUUACAAUAAAACACCCCUGAACAGAU